UAUUUUAAACGGCCCUUGAGGACUGCAGUGCCCCCGAGUAUGAAAAUCCCAGAAAGGAGGACAGAGUAAAAAAGACAGGUCGCCACGGAGGGGGCCGAACCGCGCGGCACCGCGUGGAAAAUCCCCGUGGACCCCCGUCAGGGCACGUGGCCCGAUUCCUUCAAUACGAGUUAAAAAAGAGAAACCAGCCUGACCGUGCCACACCCUCCUCCCUGUUUGAAUUCCUUUGCUGUUUCCUGCUGGCUUCCCCUUCCUUCCGGUUUAAGGCGACAGGUGAGUUCCAAGUCCCGUCUGAUCCGGCCACGGCCACGGCCCACCUCUCCGGCUCCGUUCCUCACUAGCCACCUGGCCUUCCGCCAUCCGGCACGUGUGCCUGCGUCCAUCCUGCCGCAGGGCCUUUGCACGUGCUGCGUUCCUCCGUCAGGGCCAGAGCCCUGUGUGGCCAACUCGCUCUUCAGCUCCCAGCUCCAGUGUGAGCCGCCCGCCAGCCCACCUCAUCUCCUUCUCCUGUCACCGCUCUCCGAGGUCGACAUGCCUUCCCUUCAUGCCACUGCUCCGCUCCACUCACCACUGUGGCCUCAGAGAGUCAUUGUUUGACAGCCAAGGGUGACCUCACAAUCCCCCUCCAGGCCUCCCACCCUUCAGGCCACGGUGCCAGCUGCCAGGCCCUAACUCUGCCCUCUCUGCUCACACCUGGAGGCAGACCCACCUUCGGAGCCACCCAGGCCCGCCACCAGGGACAGAGGGCUCCCCAGGGGAGCCUGUGCCACCUGCCGCCCCGAUGCAGAAACACGGCUCCAUCGUGCCGGACAAGCCCGAGGGCCGCAAGGACUCCCUGCCCACGGAGAGGAAGUCCAUGUGGAGGACGGCCGACGAGAGGCGCAUGUCCGACCUCACGCGGGUGAUGGAGUGGCUGGAGCGGCGGUUUGGGGGACGGAAACGCACCAAGGGACCCUGGGUGCCCCGGAAAGCAGCUGGGAAGGACGCGAAGAAAGUCAAAGUCACCUUGAAAACUGAGAGAGAGAAAAGCCGCCAAGUGACAUUCUCUGAGCAGGGCAAGCCAGGGGGCCGGAGGGACGUGGACCCGGCCGCCUUCCGCAGGCUCUACGGGACAGACCAGAAGGGGAAGCACCUGAGCACCGUCCCCGGCAACUACAGCAAGGAGAGCGUCGGCAAAUCCGAGCUGGAGAUGAAGGACUCGGCCGCCACGGAGUCCACCCCGCGCAUGAUGUCCUUCCACCACCAGAGCAUGACGGACUCCACGCUGCAGGACUCCAUCUUCGGGGGGCGCAAGUCCACGCUCCUGAGGGACUGGGUGGGCAAGCUGCCCGACACGGCCUACGAGCGCCGGCUGAAGAGCCUCAUGGAGAAGGGCGCGGAGCCCAAGGUGGAGGCGGUGAGGGCCCUCCGUCCGCACAGGUACCUGAGGCUGUCCAAGAACAACAUCCGGACGCUGCUCAAGCUGUGCACGGACGCCGGGCUGGUGGUGGACAUCCACCCCCACAUGGUGGAGGCGGAGAUAGACGCCAAGAAGGUGUUCGCCCCGUCCCCCACCGUGUCCCUCUAGCCGCCCCUCCCCGCGGCCCCCUCCCCCCCCGGGCUGGCU